CAGGGACGUGUGUACAACAUACGUUAGCAAAAAAUAUAAACCACAAUGAAUACUGAAAGUAAAAAAAUGGCCACAAGCAUUUACGGAAGAGUGAAUGCACCUGUAGAAAGAUGUAGAGUCAACUUUUGUACUGAUAUGGAGAAAUCUGUGUUGAUGAGCAACUUUGAAAGACGUGGGUGGCAUCAAGUGGGACCUGAUGACGAGUGGAAUUUCUAUUGGGCAUCCACUCAAACUUGUCGAAACUUGUUCAGCGUAGAGAGCGGGUAUCGGAUGAACGAUAAUCAAAUAAUUAACCAUUUCCCCAACCAUUACGAACUGUCGAGAAAGGAUCUACUAGUGAAGAACAUAAAAAGAUAUCGGAAAGAGCUGGAACGUGACGGAAGUCCUUUAGCCGAAAAGGCCGAGGUCGUCUUACACGGUGGACAAGUCGUUACCCGCUACGUUCAUCUGGAUUUUAUCCCUGUGACAUUUGUCCUGCCGGCGGACUACAACAUGUUUGUUGAGGAAUAUCGUAAAUCACCACAGAGCACGUGGAUUAUGAAACCCUGCGGUAAAUCCCAGGGCACCGGGAUAUUUCUCAUAAAUAAACUGUCGAAACUGAAAAAAUGGUCAAGGGAAGCGAAGGCCCCUUUUCAUCCGCAACUAAGUAAGGAAAGCUACGUUAUAUCUCGGUAUAUCGAUAAUCCUUUGCUUAUCGGAGGCAAGAAAUUUGACCUUCGUCUGUACGUAUUAGUGACAUCCUUUAGACCGUUGAAAGCUUACCUUUUUCAACUCGGAUUUUGUAGAUUUUGCACGGUGAAAUAUGACACAAGUGUUACUGAAUUGGACAAUAUGUAUGUCCAUCUCACUAAUGUAAGUGUGCAGAAGCAUGGUGGUGACUACAAUAAUAUUCAUGGUGGGAAAAUGAGUGUGCAGAAUUUGCGUUUGUUUUUGGAAGGUACCAGGGGACGAGCGGUUACAGAGAAGUUGUUUGCUUCGAUACAAUGGCUCAUUGUGCAUUCUUUGAAAGCUGUGUCGUCUGUAAUGGCAAAUGACAGGCAUUGUUUUGAGUGUUACGGAUACGAUAUAAUAAUAGAUAACCAGUUGAAACCUUGGUUAGUGGAAGUCAACGCUUCACCCUCUCUCACCUCAACGACGGUUAAUGAUCGAAUAAUGAAGUACAAGUUGAUAGAUAACAUAUUGACAGCCGUGUUACCUCCUGAUGGAAUACCAGACGUGCGUUGGAACAAAGUGCCUAAUUCAGAAGCGUUGGGGAACUUUGACUUAUUAAUUGAUGAAGACUUAAUGGAGAAGGAAGAGUCAGCAAACGCGACUGGCAAAGGUUCAAAAAAUAAAAAGUAAAUAUUAGAUUGAUGUGUAUCAAAA